AUGCAACGUCCUUUCAGCAGUACCGUUUGCUCUCGGAUUUCUGUAACACUUUCAAUAACUGUGGCGAAUUCACAAGAGCUUGGUUCCGAGUGUAAGCUCUACAAGGUUGGGGCAGCAGACGAGAAGAUUACUGAAAUGGGACACUGCAGAGGGGUUACUGAAAUUAAUUCUGAUCAAGUGAAGGCUUCGAAGGUUUGGUGCCAUUGCAAAAGUCGAAAUGUUGACACGGGAGAAAAGGUUCUCAAAAUAUCUGAGUUUCAUCGAUUGGAUACGUGCGUUGCUAAUGAGCUGAAUAAGUGGAUUGAACCGGCGACCGCGAUUGAUAAGGCGGACAUCCGAACCCGAGAAGUUGCCCAAAAUACAAAUAAAUGUAAGAUAUUCGAAGGUCCAAGCUACAUCCGAAGGCUCUCAGAAAGAUUUAUCUGGGUGGCCAAAUCAGUUUCGAGCUCGGAUGUCCGCCUUGUGGUAUCCCUUCUUUCGUUUUCGGUCCUCAUGAUACCCGAAUUCUCAUAUGAUAACACAUUCCUACGGAAGAAGGGAUAG